AGACUUCCUAAAACUUCCUGCGUGAAAUUUGGGUUUCGAGAUUUGAAUUUCCUGCCAUGGAUUCUGUGAGAUGAGCACUGCGAACGCCUUAUCUCAACCCUGUCCCUGCUCUUAGCUUCGUUGCUAUGUCUGCCACUUCGAGAGGUCUCAUUUCUUGUCUCAGGCUUCCCUCAUUUGCUCCAACAACAACAAUAAUUAGAAGUAGUUAUCAAUUCAGGAGAUUCUCUUCUCAGCCUGUGAUUAUCGAAGAUGAUAACGAUUUCGAUAGUGGAGGGCCGAGAAUCAUCGAAGCGAAACCGGGAGUUAUGACUUCUGAUUCGAAGAGGACCGGUGCAAUCGCCGUUAAAUGUGGGAUGACGGCGGCUUGGGAUAAGUGGGGAGCUAGGGUUCCAAUCUCGGUCCUCUGGUUGGACGACAACAUUGUAUCGCAGGUGAAGACGAUCGAGAAGGAAGGAAUCACAGCCUUACAGGUUGGGUGCGGACAGAAAAAGGCGAAACAUUUGACGAAACCUGAAUUGGGUCACUUUAGAGCUCAAGGAGUUCCAUUGAUGAGGAAGCUGAGGGAGUUUCCGGUGACAGAGGAUGCACUUCUUCCUGUUGGUACUCCGAUAACUGUUCGUCAUUUUGUUCCAGGCCAAUAUGUUGAUGUAACAGGGAUUACUCGUGGGAAAGGAUUUCAGGGUGGUAUGAAAAGAUGGGGAUUUUCAGGAAUGCCUGCGUCUCAUGGUGCUUCAUUAUCACAUCGAAGUAUUGGUUCUACUGGUCAACGAGAUGCUCCUGGAAAGGUUUUCAAAGGCAAGAAAAUGCCUGGGCGCAUGGGUGGGAAGCAGUGCACAGUUAAAAAUGUAUGGGUCUACAAGAUAGAUCCAGCAAGGAACUUGAUGUGGGUCAGAGGCCAGGUUCCAGGUGCAGAAGGGAACUUUGUGUUUAUUAAGGAUGCUUUUUACAACAAACCAGAUAUUUCUUUGCUUCCAUUCCCAACUUAUUUUGCUGCACAAGACGAGGAUGUUUCUGAGUUGGAACCUAUAGUUGCUGAUCUUGGGGAAGUAGAUCCAUUCAUGGCUGGAGAUUAACGAGUCAGUGUCCUCAAUAUUGACACAUAAGCUCAUCUUUUUUCUUUCCCCCUCAAUCGGAUCGGCUAGCUUGCUGUCUUUUUCAGAUUAUAGGUAGUGGAGUGGGUUCGUGAUCAAAGAACCAAUGAAAAAUGUUGGUAAUUCACCUUCAUCCAUUCUAAUAUGGAUAGGGAAUUGAAGAAAGGAGGAUGGAGGCAGAGCUUGUAAUUUUAUUCUUGAUUUAACAUUACCUGUGGUUUGAAUUGAGUCGGCGUAAACUUCUGCAGGAAUUUUGUUUCAAAUAAUUGUUGGCAGUUUUGGCCCAUAUAUAAAUCUCAAGCACUUCAAUGUCUGUUUUGUU